GGCCCACUUUACUUCACGAAUGACUAUAUUAAAAAAAUGUAAUCAAAAAAGUCUUCAAUAGCGCCCUGUUCUCUACAUCCUUGUAAUUCAGUGUAUUUUGUAAAAUAUCACUAUUUCCAAGUGUUGCUUCACAAUGCUGAUUCAUGCAACCGACUGACUCAAGGACUCAAGAGUGACAUAAAAAAAACGUCAAAUGUAUCAGAUUGAGAAAUAAGUUCCAUUGAAAUGUAUCUCACUUACUGUAAUAACUAUAGUCAGACUGAUGACUUAUUAUAAUUAUUAGUGCAGAGGAACAGCAGUUUAAAAAAAGCUUGCCCAACAACACCCAUCCGGGUUCAACCAUCUCCUACCUACAACAGUUUUACUUGCCUUUAAAUACAUUUUUAAAAAAAGCUCUGGUAGAUAAAUCUAGCAGAGAUCAGAUUUUUUCAAAUCAGAUUCAGGCCACUUCCAUAUGUGGUCCUGAAUCAGAUCCAAGUCAGAUUUUUUUCAAUGUGCCCGCAGUGUAAACAACCAAGGUGGGGGGGGGGACAGGGCCCCCUGCUCCCGGAGCGGCUGUCAACCGGGGCGGACUGUCCUCAGUGCGCCCCAACCGCGUUGCGUCGCCAGGGCGGGGAUCGGCUCACGUAAAAGGCGUCAGGGGUCUGCGGCGAUGUCGGCAACCCACCCGUCUUGAAACAUGGACCAAGGAGUCAAAAAGAAUAUGGAACGAUUAUGGAACUAUGACUAGAAAUAAUAGUGGUAGCAGUUCAGGGUGUAGCAGGGUGUUGCGGGGCAUAGUAGGGUAUAGCAGUGCAUUUACAGGUUCCCAUGUACCAUUUUCCCCUGCCACCCUGCCAAGAUCUCUCGCUACCCCUUUGCCACCCCAUGUAAAGUUUUCUAGAUCCGCCAGUGCACACAGGAACAUGGAAAAUUGGGUCCUGCAAGAUCCAAAACAACAAAAUGCUUCUUGGUUUAAAAUGUGUCUAUUUGUACUUUAAGGAGUGAAGGAGACAAAUAAAUGUACUACACUAAAGAAUGCCAACAUGACUUGAAGCAUUCUUGGUGCCCCUAAUACAUAAUUUAACAAAACACGUAUUGUUCUCAGCUCACAACUUCUUACCACAGUUGUUGCUGUUUCUUAUGCUGUGGAGAAGAUGUGACUUUCCAGAGAGACCUUUCUCAAACUAAGACCCUCUGCCGUGUCAGUUGUCAAUCAGCAGGGCAAAAAUAAAAAUAAAAAAAACAGAAUACAUCAAGGUUUGAUUUUUGGAAGCACUCCAUAUUCAGUUAAUGGGCUGGAAGGACAAGUUUGACUCUCUCAGGUAUUAGGGUUAAGUUUCCAAAAAGUAGUUUCAGUGUGGUCUUUUAACUAUUGCUCUCCGUCUUGUUUUUGCAUGCCUGACUAUUAAGACAAUAUCUAACUAUAAUAUAUGUCAUCAAAGUUGGUGAGUUAAGUAUUUUUGUUGCAGAGCAACAAAUACAAACGUAACAACCUAUGCAUGUGUAGAAGGCAUAGUGCAGCAGAAAGCAGAAUAAUUCAAAACCUUUAUCCACAAAUACUUUUUUUCUGAUAUUACAUGAAACAUUUCAGAGUAAAACUCUGACUUCAGCCGUCAGAAACAACAUAAACAUUUUUUUUUCUCCAAUAAUUGAUCGAUGUACUUGAGUUUGGAACAGACAGCAGUUGUGUGUAUUAUUCAAUUGUUUGGUCUUUUUGUCUCAAUAACAGACUCAAAUAUAAACAUCACUUUUGCAUAAGGUUGAGCCAUAUAAACAUAAUAUGUCACUAGUUCGUUUUGCACAAAGUCUGCAAGUAUAAUGUUGAUAUUUUCUGUUGUUUGGCACCAGCUAUUGUUUCAAUUUAUUUUAUCAUCUGCCACAAAUGGGAAAAUAUUCAGGGAAUUUCAGCUUUACCCUGUGAACUCUUAACCUUACAAUGACAGAGAUCUGAUUGGCUCUUUGCUGUUGGGAGUGUGCAAAAAGGGAUGUGACAAAGAUGAGAUAUAUAUAUAUAUAUACUGAGCAAAUUCAACAAUUAAUAUCUGGGCGUCACAAUCACAAAGUGAUUUACCUCUCAAAGCCGAACUCCUACAGUACACAGGGUACAGAGAAGGCAGAGCAAAUGGAGACUAACAGCAGAGAAACACUGAAGGCAGACUUUGAUGCUUUUGAUAUUUCUGAGGAGCUUGGAUUUCUCCUUGAAGAGCCACUGACUGACCUUCCAGACUAUUAUCGGGUAUGGUUGGACCUGGCAAAUGAUCUCACACAUCUGAUAGAGUCACAUAAACUACGGGAUCGGGUUCACAAGAUACCGGUCUUGAGUCCCAAUCUCUUGAUUGACCAUCGGGAGCUAAGGCUGGCUCACCUAGUCCUGGGAUUCAUCAGCAUGGGAUAUGUAUGGCAGGAAGGACAACAUGCGCCUGCUGAGAUUCUUCCAAAAGCCCUUGCCUUGCCAUAUUGGCUGGUAUCUCGUAAGCUCGGCCUUCCACCCAUCCUGACUUAUGCAGAUUCAGUUUUAGCCAACUGGAAAUUAAAGGAUCCCACAGGGGAUAUGGAAAUUGGGAACAUGGACUUGAUAGUUUCCUUUCCUGGUGGUGAGAGUUGCAGGGGAUUUUUCCUGGUGUCAUUGUUGGUCGAGAUGGCUGCCAGUUCAGGCGUAACGGGGGCUCUGGAGGUGAUGAAUUCUCUGAAAACCUCGGACCUCAGUGGCGUACAGAAAGGUCUCGUCAAAGUAACUCAGUCUUUGAAGAAGAUGACAGAGACGUUCAAACUCAUGCACAAUCAUGUGGAUCCAACUGCUUUUCAUGGAACAUUGCGAAUUUUUGUCUCAGGGUGGCGAGACAACCCCAUGCUUCCAAAGGGGCUGUUGUAUGAAGGUGUGAGCGAUGAGCCAAUUUUUUUAUCAGGCGGAAGUGCAGCCCAGAGUUCAACCAUUCAGUGCUUUGAUGCUUUACUGUGCAUCCAGCAUGAGGGUGAUACAGGAUCCUUCCUGACACGCAUGAGGGAAUACAUGCCUCCUGCCCACCGUCAGCUGAUAGAAACUCUGUCUGUCUGUCCUUCUCUGCGAGACUUCAUCCUGUCCCACUCCAGCUCUGAUCUCUGCCAGGCCUACAACUCCUGUGUCUCAGCACUGGUGGAUUUACGGAACUACCACCUCAAUGCUGUGACCAAGUAUAUCGUUGUGCCCGGUAAUCAGGCCCGCGCCAUGGGGUGCCCAAUGAGAGGUGUGGGCAUUGCGCUGAAUAGCACAGGGACAGGCGGAUCCAAUCUUAUGUUAUUCCUCAAGGGUGUUCGUGACACCACUAAAAAAGCACAAAUUUUAUAGAGGCCAUCUGCUUCAAAAGAAACUGAAAUGUGAUAUAUAUAUACAGUACAGGCCAAAAGUUUGGACACACCUUCUCAUUCAAUGU